CGGCCUGUAUGCGUAAUAUGCGCUUAUCUCUUUUCCGCUUGCGGCAGGGACAUCGAUCGUUCGCGCCACGCUCUCUCCAGCCAGUGUGAUCGCCUCCGCGGAGUCCGCGGGCAGUCCGUGUGACGGCGUGUCAGGCAGUGCGCCUGUGCUGCGCGGUAUCGAUCCGCCAUCGGCGCCGCAUUGCCGUACAUUCCGGAGGCGGUGCCUCGCCUAGUUUUCGUCGAUCGUCGUGGUCUUUGACGUGGCGGACGCGUGUCGGCGUCGGCGGCGGCCCGGGCGGCCCUGCGCAGUAGCGCGGCGAGGAGCGCGGGAGCGAGCGACCUUCCGAGUUCCGCCAAAACCGGCUCGCGGUCCGCGGCGGAGGCACGGCUGUGAUGUAGCCGCGGCCCGCGCUUGCGGCCUUCGGACAAAGGAUCCGCGCCACUAGAGGCACUUCGCGAUGAAGAAGUUCACGUUUAAGGGCGUGUUGGACGGGUUCCGCAGCAGCGUGCAGGCGGCGCCGCGCGGGACCGAGCAGGAGAUCCAGGAGACUCUGCGCUCGGACCACUUCCAGAUCAAAAAGACAUUUCGGCACGGGUUCCCAUUCUCGCCAACCGCGCUAGCAUGGGACCCCAUACAGAAGCUGCUCGCCAUAGGAGACAAGGGCGGCAACCUCAGAAUUCUAGGCGGCCCCGGCGUCGACGCGCACGCACGGCACGAGGCCGGCGAGGCCGUUGUCCGAGCCCAGUUCCUCGUCAACGAGGGCGCGUUGGUCACGGCUACUGCCGACGAUCAACUGCAUCUAUGGACCUUCAGACAGAAGAGCCCGCAGCGAGUACAGAGCCUCAAGUUUCAGAGAGAGAGAAUCACAUGUUUGCACUUACCGCUGCAGUCAAAAUGGGUGCACGUGGGCACGGAGCGCGGCAACGUGCAUGUGGUCAACAUAGAGACGUUCGCGCUGAGCGGUUACGUCAUCAACUGGAACAAGGCCAUCGAGGUUACGAGAACGAAUCACCCGGGUGCCGUGGUCGAGAUUAGCGACAACCCUUUGGAUGCCAAUAAGCUGCUAGUAGCCUACGAAACCGGACUAGUGGUAGUCUGGGACUUACGAGCCAAGGCGGCCGAAUGGCGCGGCUCGCUCGGAACCCCGGGUGAAGGCAUCCGUGCGGCCGCUUGGCAACACGAUGGCAAAUUCAUGACGGCGCAUGUGGAUGGAGCGUUGGCGGUAUGGAACACACGUCAACCUAGACCCACAUCUCUAUCCUAUCCUCAUGCAAAAGCUAACAAAGAUGGAAAACUAGAACCUUGCAAACCUAUACACAGACUUGAAUGGAAAACGGCAAAAACAGGGGAAAGCCUAGUAAUAUUCUCCGGCGGGCUGCCAACAGACAAGGCGGGUCGCACGCACAGCAUCACAGUCCUAAACGGGAAGAGCACCACGGUUUUAGAAAUGGAGCACAGUGUGGUUGAUUUUGUCACGCUGUGUGAGAGUCCACACACAGCCGAUUACCAAGAGCCAUACGCGAUCGUGGUGCUACUCCAGAACGACCUGGUGGUGAUAGACCUCCAGACGCCCGGCUACCCCUGCUUCGAGAACCCUUACCCCAUGGACAUACAUGAAUCCCCCGUCACGUGCUGUUCAUACUUCGCCGACUGCCCUUCAGACUUGAUCCCUGCUUUUUACUCGGUGGGUCGGCAAGGCAACAAGAAGGCGACGGGGUUUAGCGAGAAAGAGUGGCCGAUAAACGGCGGAGAGUGGGCGCCUGCGUCCUGCUCUUACAGCGAAAUUAUACUUACAGGGCAUCAAGAUGGUAGCAUAAAAUUUUGGGAUGCAAGUGCAGGGACCUUACAAGUUUUGUACAAAUUAAAAUGUUCUAAAGUAUUCGAGCGCCGCGGCUCUGUAUCAGGCGGCUACGGCGGCAGCAGUGAAGACUCGCCUCUCGCGAUCCAGCAGGCGGCGCUGUGCGCGGAGUCCCGGCGGCUGUGCGCGGCGCUGCCGCACGGACACGUGGUGCUUUUCAAAUUCAGGAAACAGGACACGCAUGCUGAGACACAUGUAUUAGAAAUCCCAAUGAUAACGGAUUCACUAGAAGAGGAGGCGUCACCAGAGCCUGAUGGCAGUCGCUCGGCGUCUUUCAGUCGCGGUGGGGACAGUAUAGAGGGAGAGAGUAGGAGAAGUGGUGUAUGGGCGGGUGGAGGGGGCGGCACGGGCGGGCUGCGCGUGCGCGGCGCCGCCGGCACCGGUGGAGCGAGGCGGGCGGCCGGCUUCCAGGCCGCGCUCGUGGCGCUGCAGCAGGGCGCGCCCAGCCCCGUCACCGCGCUCACCAUCAACUCCUCGUACGGCCUCAUGGCGUGGGGCGGCGAGCGCGGCGUGGUGGUGGUGGACGUGUCGCGGCGCGCCGUGGUGGCGGCGCUGGCCGCGCACGCGCUGUACGGCCCGCUCGACCCCUGGGGCCGCCACGCCCCCCACCCCGGCGCGGCCCACCCCCCGGAGCGCGCCCGGGAGCCCAGCCUCGACCAGCUCGAGGACGGCUCGGCGCGUUCUCCUCCCGCCGCCGCGACCGCCCCGGCCGCGCCCAGCCCGGCGGAGCCCGACGACGACGAGCGCCCGAAGCUGGACGCCCGGAGGAAAUCGACGCCCUGGAAGACCUUCAACCUGAAACGCCAGCUCUCGAAAGUCGACCUCAAACUGAAGGCCGCGUUCGCGGUGCCCUCCGAACCGAACUUGGAAGAGAAGACGGAGGAGCCCGCGAGCACGUCGCAGUUUUACGAUGCGCCGGUAGAGAAAGCGGAGAUCGCGAUUGAAUCGUUGGAAGAGUCGCCCGAGAGUGAAUCGCCGCGCGAGGACGAGGAGGGAAGCGCGGCGGCGUCCCCGGUGCACGGAGAUAUGUUCGAGCGCAUGCAUAGAGAGUUACAAGAGCAGGGACAGCCGGCCCGACCGGCGCAGCAGGGCGACGUGUACGACCGCAUGCACAAGGAGUUGCAGGAGCGCUGGCAGGAGCGCGACGAGGCCACGCGGCCCGACUCGCUGGCGCUGGAGGAGCCGCCCGUGCGACCGCCGAGGGCCCGCGAGCGCGAGCAGCGGCUGCUGUCCGUGCCCAACAUCAAGUACGGCAAGAAGACGGAGGUGAAGGACCUGCGGCGGCCGGGGGCGGCCGCGGGAGCCCCGCCCGCCACGGGCAUCGGGAACCUGAUGCGGCGCUUCAGGGAGUAUCUAGCGCGACUGUGCACGCGCGACAGUGCUCGACGCGAGGGGGAGCCCGAAGUGCCAGGUACGGACACGAUAAACGGCGGUGCGGCGCCGGGCGGGCCCGCGGGCGUCGGCGGGGGCGGGGCGGGGCGGGCGGUGCGGCGGUCGCGCUCGCAAGGUACCCGCAAACUGCACAAGUGCCUGUCCACCGCCUCCGACGUGUACGCCGCGCCCCAGCAGCAUUCUCUUCUCACGACGCGACAGUAUUGCAGUUUUGAUCGGACUCAUUUAAUAGAACCACCUAUUCCGCAGUCUCUCGCAUCUAUGGAGUACUUACAAAUUAUGCAACCCAAUGACAAGCUGGACAGCUCGUUCUCGCGCUCGCGGUCCAGCAGCAUGUCCAGCCUGGAGAACAUCUCGCAGGAGGGCAUCCAGUGUCUCGCGUUCGCUGACAGUUAUACAAAGAAGUCAGACCCGACGACGCUGCUGCCGACCCUGUGGAUCGGCACGACGCUGGGCUCCGUGCUAACCAUGAUGAUCAGCCUGCCCGAGGCCGACAAUAGGCAUACGCAGCCCGUGGUUGUUUCCAUGAGUGGUGGUCCUAUUUUCAGGUUAAAAGGUUCAAUUCUAGCGAUGUCAUUCCUAGACUGCAACGGUGCUUUAAUACCUUAUUCAUUUGAGAGUUGGAAAGAUGAUGCGAAAGAUGUAAGAGGAAGCCGCGAACGAACGCCAACGAAACAGGGCUCGUCGAGCAGCGGCAGCCGCAUGAGCCCCACGCCGGGCGCGGAGGGCAGCAGCGUCGGCGACCGCCAGUUCGUGGUCAUCGCCAGCGAGAAGCAGGCGCGCGUGGUGGCGCUGCCGAGCCAGAACUGCGUUUAUCGACAGCAGAUUGUUGACACUGAUUUCGUUGUUAAGGCUGAGAUUGUUAGCUUGAAAGAUAGUGUAUGUCUAGUCAAUUACCUGUCAACGGGGCACCUGGCCGCGUACAGUUUGCCAUCUCUGCGGCCGCUCGUGCACGUGGACUUCCUCCCUCUCUCCGAGCUCAGCUUCCAGACACAGUCCAAACAGAGGGGUAUCGUAGACCCAAUGCUCUCCAUAUGGGGCCAACAGCUCAUUGUAAACGAAGACACGGACCAGAUAGCGAAGACGUUCUGCUUCAGCAACCGCGGGCACGGGCUGUAUCUCGCCUCGCCCACGGAAAUACAAAAGUUCACCAUCGAUGCCGAGUUCUGCGCGAGUCUCAACGAGAUGCUGGGCGAGUUGUUCCUGCCGCGUGAUAUGCCGGAGCCACCCAAGGAGAGCUUCUUCAGGGGUCUCUUCGGCGGCGGGUCUAGACCUCUCGACCGUGAAGAACUCUUCGGCGAACAAAGCGGCAAACCGAACCGCACCGUAGCGAAAGUGAUCCCCGUCCCCAAAGACAACCUGGAUCAGCUCGGCGCGCGCGCCUCCACGGCGUCCAGCGAGGUGGCGCGCGCGCACAUGCUCGUGCUCGAGCGCGGCGACAAGCUCAACCAGCUCGAGGACCGCGCCGAGCGCAUGGCCAACGAGGGCGCGCAAUUUUCAUCGUCCGCGCACCAGCUGAUGCUCAAAUACAAAGACAAGAAAUGGUACCAGCUGUAAGCUCGCCGGCCUCGACAUGCUCGCCGGCCUCGCCGCGGCCUCGCUCGUCGUAGUUUAGUACCGGGCCUCGCGCCCUAGAGCUUAGCUACCCACGUAGAGAUCUUAUGAAUACUUUAGACCCUCUAGCCUCUAGGCGUGACUUGAAAUGAAUGAACGCACAAUGUUCCCGCGGGCAGCGCUGGCGCCGCCGCCUAUCUUCGCUUGCGAAACACCGGACCUUAUAUCUAACUAACCGUAUCACUAACAAAUUAUUUACACUACUAAAUAGUAUGACAGACAAUUUUAGUUUUUUUUUUCCAUAUUCUUGCCAAAAUUUGCAUAUGCAUAUCGACAAGUUAGAUCGAUCCAGCAUAAAUCUAGAUCGAGACCGAGAAGCGAAUAGGGUGUACUCCCGAUACGGAUUUUCCAUAUAAAAACAGUCCCGAAACUGGGAAUUCCCGUUCUCGCCAUACAAAAUCAAUGGGUUCCUGGAGAAUUCCUUGGUUAAGCAACAAAAUCCAAAUGUAUUUAUGAAAAUCUGGUGUUUUGUAAACGAAGCCUUCGACUUCGCGCUGAAUCGUUCAAUUAUUUCUGUGCCUAAUAUUCUUACUUCUUUCGGCGGCGCCGGUGCGUUUUACGGGCGUUUGCGGAGCGUCUCGACCGCUGAUCUUCCCAAACAAUUUUCUGUAGGCCAUCCCCUUGAUAUCAUCAGAUUUAAAAUAACUUCUGUCAGACAAACUACGGACGAAUGGACGUCCUUUUAUGAUCAUCGAUAUUCAUUAGAUAAAAGUGACAUCAAUAUUAAAAGCCUGUCACGUGAAACCUACGGCUUGUGAGAUUCUCGGAUUUUUUUUUUCUCUACAUAAAAAAGACGCCACUAAGGUUUCACCUUGCUGGCUGGUUUCAUGGACUGCGGGACUGCGAUUGAGACGUUCCAUAGAUGUCCCUCCCUUCGCUUCUGUCCGACGGCGCUCGCCGGUGUACAUACUCGUAGCGCCGUUCGUUCACGCGAUGUGAUAAUGUAAAUAAUCGAAAGCAUUAACUAUUGUACUUAACUCUUUUUAUACAAUGUACCUAACGGUUGCCCGCUCUGUCUCCCCUAGAUGCACUCGUAGGACUAGCAUGGCCGGCCGGCGAAAAUAUGUCACUCGAUAAAUUUAUCGCGGCCGACUGUGCUAGUCGUCUCUUAGCGUUUGUGUCUCGCUCGGCCCGCGCCGCUCCGCGACGGCACAGUUAGUUGUAAAUUUUAUAGAUACGAGUAACAAAUGAAAUAAGUAUAAUGGAUAACAAUAAUAGUCGACGAUGUUGAUCUGUAUAAAGUAUUAAGUACAUAAUAAAUAAAGAGAUACUUAUAAAGAUUGGAAAAUUAAGCAUUGGAUGACAAUAAUUUUUGUUACACUCGUCAGUUUGCGCUCGGCCGUCGGUCCGCCGGGCGAAUCCGAUGUCUUACGACACUCAAUUUUACUUCGCAAAUUUUGUCACGGCAAUGCAAUUAAAUUUCAGAGAAAGAUUAACAACAGGAAUACAGUCAGAAUAUAAAUUCGACAAAAUACAAGGUCCGUGUUGGCAUAUAUUUACAAUUAUAUCAUGUUUAUUCCGUGUCAAAAAAAUUCGUUGAGAACUUAGUGACGUAAGCCACGGGUGCCUUCACAUUACGUUUCGCCCCCAGAUCGUUUGUUUAGCAUUUAUUAGUGAAUUAAAGUUAUAUUAUUGUUAGUGUUUAUAAAUAAACAGACGCGUCAUCGCGGCGUACAUACAAAGAAUAGCAAUACUACGUGUGGGUUACCAGCCUAAUGUAAACCAGACCAAUCGAUGUCGUGUCGGUGUUGCUAGCUAAAACAAAUAUAAAUAAAGCGAUAACUACGCUACUAAAAUAACGACUAAAAGCUGUUGUGUAUAUCGCUGGCUCUUUAGGUAAGCGGUGGGCAACGCGGCCGGCGCUGUUUUUUAUACAAAUUAAGGGCGUACUUGCUAAAGCCAAAAGUUUUAUAUCCAUGCACAUUUCGAAAUCAUCAUCAAGCGAAAUAUAAUGUGCCCUUUUGGCUUGGGUCUGGAAGCAUAAAUUGUCGUAGUUACUUUCUAGCGCGAUAAUGAAAGAGUAUCCGUCUGUUACUAUCACGCGGUGCCACACAGUGAUACCACGUUCUUUAUCUUGUCGCGCCGCGUCCCGCCCUAGCAUAAGUACCGUGUAGUAUAUCGGUGUAUCACAUGGCAAUAAUUUGUAUCUACGCGAAGCCGCUACACUGCUCCGUUGCUUUCCGAUCAUUUAUACUUAUCCUUCUAAACUUCCUUUGGAUAUUGUAUCGUCCAAUGUCAUUUAAUCGCCUUACUUAGCUUCGAUUUUAUACUCUAUAUAGAGAUGCUAGUUCGAUUUAGUUUGUACGUAUUAGUUAGCGUCUGUAUAAUAUCUUCAGCUGUAUAAUGUUGGAUGCCAAAGGUUUGUACUAUUUUGACGCUGUGUUAUACAUAAUUGUUACACGAUUUGUAAGCGUAUUUUAAUUAAGUUUAAGUUCCGUUUUUGCAAAUAUGACAACUAAGAGUACCUUUAUAGGCUUGCGGUGCAACAGUACCGCUUGUCAAUAUCACUAUCGUAGCUGUUUUUAACCAGAUUAUUUUGGAAUAGAGACCUAUAUCGGAAUCGCCGGAUUUUACUCGAAAGUGGCUAUUUUCAUAGAACUGUUUUUCCUGGUGUUUCCAGAUGUUUUAAAGCUUUUAGGUAUUUAUUUAGAACCCGUACCUGCCGCUCGCGUAUCACUGUAUCGUCGCAUAUCAAUAUCAGUCGAGUAAGGUCCGUUUGAACAUAGCCCUAAAGCAUAGAUUUUUCAUUUUCACAAGUCGAGUUAAUAUUAAGGUCCUUUGAAGCAUGUUGAUAUAUCUCCGUUGUGUAUGAGUCAGAGUUUAUUUCAGAUGAUAGUCCACUAUGUUACUAGCUUUGUCACGGCAAUUGUCGAUAUUUCGACAAACAUUUUGACAUGAUUGAAGAUUGAUGACAUGUAAUCUUCUUCUUCUUCUUCUUUUAAAAUUAUGGCUUCAGCCCAGUGGGAAUAUUUCGCCAGUAUCAAGGUAUUAAGAGGUUUAAAAACGACAAAAAUUGUACGGUUGUACAAGACAGUGUACGGUGAUUUGUUAGCUCUUGUAAAUCGAUAGCUAGACUUUACAAGAAGCACGUGGACUACCGGCCGUUGACUCCAAGAUGGUGGUUAAACGCGCUUCAAAAUUAAUUUUCCAUUCACUGCACACUACCACAUUAGUUUACUGUAUAAUAAGCUAUCGAUAUUACACUUUAAACAAUAUUAAUGAGCAAAAAACAAAGUAAUUAAUCACGAUGCUAACUAUCAAGAUGGCGCUCGAACCGGAAGUCCCCGACAUGUAAUCAGCGGGCUUAGAAGCAGUGUCAGGAAAUGACGUUUGAUAAAUACGAUCAUCAUAGCCCUGCAGCUUAUUGC